AGAAGAGCUAAAGCCGGUGUUGAGAGUGGGGAUAGUCACGCCACAAACUUGGCAAAUGAUAGCAAGGUCCAAUGUUUUAGCGUGUAUGGUGUGAUGAAAAUACCGUACGCUCUACGCUGCGCAAAGGGGAAUUGCACGCAAUUUUCUAGACAGUACACGGUCUAGGUCAACUCGUUAAACCCUAAACUUGCAACUACCACGUGGUUUAUGUGUAAUAAUUUUUACCGAUACAAAUCCAACUCGCGACGACGGCGUGACAUUGUAGUAAUUUGACCUAUAUAUAAAUUACUUUAGCAAUUGAAUACCGGCAGUAAUCUGUCGAUUGUUGAUAUUUGUGUUUAUCCCAGUAUUAGCGGUUGUUAAGCAACAAUCGAAUUUACGAUUAAUUGUGCUAUUAAACUUCGGUAGUGAAAACGAAUAAUUCAAUCGGAUAGGUUAUCCGAUAUGGCACCAAAUACAAAUCUACCUACUGGAGUCCUCCACGAACAUGACGACGAAGUCCAAGCGCGAAUGAUUCCGCCGGAAAUCGUCAAACCGAGUGAGAGAAAAGUGGAAUUGGUUUGGAGAAAUAUCAUACUAUUUAUAUAUCUUCAUCUGGUAGCACUUUACGGGCUUUACCUCAUUUUUACGUCUGCUAAGAUACUAACAACAAUAACGAAUGUUUUAUUUUACAUCGCGUCUGGUCUUGGGAUAACAGCUGGAGCACAUAGGUUAUGGUCGCAUCGCGCUUACCAAGCUAAAUGGCCGCUGAGACUCAUACUUACUAUCUUCAACACUAUCGCCUUUCAAAACUCGGUUAUCGAAUGGGCCAGAGAUCACAGAGUACAUCACAAAUUUUGUGAAACCGACGCGGAUCCGCACAACGUGAAAAGAGGUUUCUUCUUCUCUCACGUCGGUUGGCUUCUAUGUCGCAAACAUCCAGAGGUUAAGAGCAAGGGCAAAGGAAUCGACAUGUCGGAUUUGGAAUCGGAUCCGAUUUUGGCGUUCCAAGAUAAAUAUUAUCUCAUUUUGAUGCCUGUGUUGUGCUUCUUGUUACCCACAUUGAUUCCAAUGUACUUUUGGGACGAAAGUUUCGUAACAUCCUAUUCGGUCAAUAUUUUCCGGUUCGUUUUCACUUUAAACGCCACUUGGUUGGUCAACUCAGCCGCGCAUAUGUUUGGACAAAAACCGUAUGACAAAUUUAUCACUUCAACAGAACACGCUACGGUUUCCGUUCUCGCUUUGGGCGAAGGAUGGCACAAUUACCAUCACACGUUCCCCUGGGACUACAAGGCGUCCGAACUGGGAAAGUACUGUUCAAAUUUUUCUGUCGCGUUUAUUGAUUUCUUCGCCAGAAUCGGUUGGGCGUACGAUUUGAGAACCGUAUCUCCGGAAAUGAUCAAGAAAAGAGUUUUACGUACAGGUGACGGUUCUCACGAAAUUUGGGGAUGGGGAGACAAAGACCAAAGCAAAGAGGAUUACGAAGAUGCCACAAUAAUGUACAGGAAACAACAAUAGAAGAUUAAAAUAAUUUUUAGGGGACGUGGAUUGUACUUUCGACCAACUAUUUCAUAAUAAUCCAAAAAAAAAAUCAAUUAAACAUUGUCUGCAAUGAAAUUUUCGUAUUUGGUACAAAUUAACAAACUGGUUCGAGGAAAAUUGGAUUUAAUUGAUUUUUGAUAACUAGAAAAUAUAAAUAUUUAUUUUUAGGGUUAGAAUUACUAACUGUGAAUGUGUGAAACACAAAUUAUAUCAAAUUUCAAUUUAUUUUCAACAAAUUCGAAAUAGUUUGUUUCGAAAAUAAUGCAAUUAUCAUAUUGUCAAACAUAUAUGAAUAGUUUGCGUGUCGUACACUAUAUUGUUCCGACGACCUGUACGAGAUACUUUAAGCGAAAUGCACAACAUUCUAUCCUAGUCGUAUUUCGAACAGAUCGUCAUAAAGUAAAUUUUUAACAAAUGUCAUAUAUAUUAUAAACAUUAAAUAAUUUUUGUAUAGAGACUGUUUUCCAGAAUAUUUAUUUGAAUCUCUAAAUAAAUCAAAUUUCGUUAAGCACAAAAAUUGCCAAUGCCAAUUAUUUUACAGAUAUUUUAUAGUUGUGGUAACAGUUUUCCUCAGAUAUCUAUUAAAGUAUUGUCUAGAGUAGUCCAAAUAUAUCAGGGCCGGUUCUAGCCAUUGGGGGGUCUUUGACAAGCCAUUGACGCGGAGCCUUCUACCGAAAUCACAUAUAAUCCACCCCUAUUCUUAGCAUUACUCAAAAGUUGCAAAAACUAAAACAAUAAUAGACACUUGGUUGUAGAAAAAGUAUUUUUCUUUCGAGUUGAAGCCCGCGGGGUCCGAGUGGCCCCUGAUUAAGAUCAGUCCUGAACUAUACUAUCGGUCAAAUUUCAAAUUCGAUCACUUCUCAUACAUUUCAUCGUCCUCGUUGAAAAAUACAUACAAUCACAGAUACGUCUUCGUAUCUAUUUAAAACUAAAUCGCCAAUUUCACAUUGAAAUUUCCGGAAAAUCUCCUGCAACAUCUCAAGAAAACAAUGAUGAAGGUCAAAGUUUCGAAACCGCGCGCCAAAAACAAUAUUUCUGUCUUUCCGUUGGUCACGUGUUGUAGACGUCACACGCUAGUUAAAUGAUUUUAUAUAAUCACAACAAAAUGGCGCGGAUGAAGUUAAAAUGGCAUUCUGGAAUAGUUAUUACGGUGGAAUAAUCUUUGUCCGGCAUUUUUAUUUCUUUCUACUCAUUUGGGUACGUCAAUUGUUUGUUAAUUUUAUCUCAAAGUUAAACUGAUAUUGGAAAUAUUCUCUCUUAACUUUUUCGUCAUCAUUUUUUCAUUCACCUCCUCAUGGAACCUUUAUUUUAAUGGGCUAUUCAUAAUUUAAUGACUUAUUGAUAUGAAUCAUGAAAAAAUCAAACACAACAUUUGUUAUUGUAAUGAAAAAUUCCAUUAAAUAUGUUGUAAAUUACAUUAGCUAUAAAUUUUUCAAACUUAUAAACAAUCUCCUAUAAAUUUCCAAUUAAUAUUUUUCCAGAAUAUACUUGUUUGUUUCACUAGUAUAUUCUGCAGAAAUUUUGGUCUUUUGUUUUCUAUUCAUCAUCUAAAUAUCUUCUUAUUUUCAAAUUUAGCCAAUUUUUCUUGCAAUUUGUUUUUUUAUUAUUUGUAUUAAUUCCAUUCCUUUACCCCAAAUUUUUUGUCAGAACUAUUCACUUAUUUAUUUAUUACCUCUUUCAAUUCUCUUCACUUUUUUAAUAUUUUUCGAUCCCAUAUCCUAUUUUCAUCAAUAAUUUUCAAUUCAUAUAUAUAUAUAUAUAUAUAUAUAUAAAUCCCAAAGGUUCUAGAAUAAGAAAGAAACGAAACAAAUGAAUAGACCUUCCUAAAAGUUAUUCAAAAGAAACAAUGUAAAUAAACCGCUUGCUAGAUAAACUGACAUAAAAACGAAGAUCAAACGAAUUCCGGGUAUUUCUCAAAAGCGACGCCUUCGCCGAAUUUUAGAUUUCCAUUAUAUCCAAGCAGGACCGACUCCGAAGCGUUUUUGUCAUAAAUAUUAUCAAAUCUGGAGACAAAAAUAUUCUUGAAGUGAAUUUAAUUUUGAAUUAAUAAUAUUUUUAGUUAAAUUAAUUCCUUUGAAAGUAAUUCAAAGUUGGAAGUUAAAGUGAAAUUCUUGUUUUUUUCACAAUAUAUAUAUAUAAUUUUUUUGAACCCAGUUGGCCCAGUUUAGAGUAUAUAGUGUUGCCCAAAAAUCCUGCUCGUCAAAAUUGAUAUUUUUUAUACAAAAAAUUCUUUUUAUUAGAAAAAAAUUAUUUAUUUUAAUAUGUGUCCAGAUUUUUCAAAAGUCUCAAAUUAAUUUUGUUAAUAAAACUUUUUUGUACCAUCUAUUAUUUUACUAGAAAAUUUCAAUAACAGUAUACGUUUAGAAAUAGAUUUUACAGGGAUGGAUUGUUGUAUAUUCCGUUACUAUUGUUUGAGAUCUAAUCCGGUCCUCUAAAUCUUCAGCUAUACACGUCUCAUAUAUUAGAUAUAUGUUAUUUUGAUCACUCUCUUUAUUUCUAUUGCCAAACAUGAUUUGAUUUCAAGACACUUGUCUCGUAUAUCCUUUUAUUUUGAAUUUACUUCAAUUUUUUUCACUUUAUUUUCUCAUUCUACCUGAUAAUUCUCAUGAUCAUUAUACUUUUGGUAUUUUAAUUUCGUUUAAACGACUAGAUAUCGACUAUGUGAUCUAAUUUCACCGAUAUUUUCUUGUUACCACGUUAAGCAAAAUAUCUGGAGGAAAUUUUAGGCUCCAUUAUGAACUCAAUGGAAUGUAACUGCUGUUAAUGUUAAAAAAAUAGCAUUAUUAUUAGUUUUAUAGUUAAUUUACCAAAUGAACUUGUGAAUCUUCAUUAUGAAUGUAUUCCAUAAACGUGAUAUUCAAUUUAAUUUAGAUUAUAGAUUCCAAUAAGCGUCGAUGUUAUUUUAAUAAAUUCUUAUUAAAAAAAAAACGGUAGUAUAAUUUCGGUUCGUCUCUAAAAAUAAUAACGUUGAUAUUUUGUUUCCAAAAAUACUUUAAAAUCGGAAAUUAUUGGUACUGGAAUUAUUUCAGUAUGUGUCAAACUGAAAUUUAACGAUAACUUUCAUUCUAGAUAAUUCAUAAGUUUCCUUUCUCUCGAAACAUUUCAAUUUAUUCCUAUUAUAUAUUUUUUUCUCCAAUUUGUUAUCAUCAUCCUUCUAAUCUUCUCUUUCCUUUGUCUUUUCCAUUUUGUAGUUUCGAUUCUACAAAUUUUCUAUUUCGGUUAUACUUUUCUUAGGCUUCCUUUAUUCUCAUUAUAUUUUUUUCUCCAAUUUUUUAUAUCAUAAUCCUUCAACUGUUGACUGACACACUUUGUGGUGACUAUUCUCCAUUCUUCCCACUUUCAUUCUCACCAAUUUGAUUUACUCUUCCACUUGAUCCUUCAAAUUAGAUUUUGCUUGGACAUUCCACUAACAGUUUCAAUAAUUUUCUUCGUUGGUGCGUCGCUUCUCUCUCUUAAAUUCUGUGGUGAUCAAACCACAUGAAUCGCCACCGAAAAUUUUGAUUGGUUUUUAUUAUUCCCAUUCAUUAGUAUUUUCUAUAUUUUGAUUUACCUUUUGUACUUGUUGUUUCCAUUCUGUUAUCUUCCUCAAUGCCAGCUGUUUUUCUUUCCAUUACAUCUGAUUAUAUGGAUCAAACCACAUUUUUCCUUGUUGUCUUAAUAGAUUUCUGGUAUGCAUUAAUCAUUAUUCUCCAUUCUGUCCGGUUAUCCAUUCGUCUUCUUUGCUUUUGGUUAAUUAUAGUUGAGGUUUCCAUUCUGUAAUAUCUCUCACUGCUAAGCUGCUUUCCUUUUUGAUUAUGUGUUCCUACCAUCUGAUUAUUCGUAUCAAGGUAUAUUUUUCCUUGUUGUCUUGCAGAUAUUUUGUUAUGCUUUGGUGUCCAAGUUUCCAUUCUGUAGUUUUCCUCACUACAAAAGCGACAGAUCUAAUUUUGUCCUUAUAAUGUUUUUUUUUUAUUCAAUAAUUGAUCAUUAUUUUUUUAUUUCGACCACACAUCAUUCACUAUAAAUGUGAAAUUGCAUCUAAUAUUUAUAAGGAUCUUGGACAAACAUUUUAUAAUGGUUUUCAUCUACCGUUUUAAUGAUAAGAAUUUAGAACUGAUAACAGAUGUUACGUAAUAUGUCAAUAAUUCAAAAUAUUAUAUUUUACUAAAAAAUUUUGUAUAUUUGAAUAUUGCGUAUAUUUAUUUGUUUAAUUUUUACGUGCCCGAAUUCUUUCGGCACCUUUUGAGACCUUUCAUUAUGAUAAAAAUUUUGUUUUUAGAUUUUAGAUGGUGUAAAUUAUGCCAUGAGUUUAAUUAUACCAUCAUUAAUCGCGAAAUUAGUAUUGUAUAAGAUGUUAAUUAACUGAAUUUGUAUUUUACGUAAAAUAUAAUUAUGUUAAAAUCA